AUGUCACGUUGUAUUGGCGCGAAUUAUAAAAUUGUGAAAUGUGUAAAAUGUGAUAUCGAAUGGAAAGGAGAGACUUGCCAAGAUAGAGAUUGUUCAAAGAAGAACGGAGCUUGUGGUAAAGAUAAGAAAUGCAUUGAAUCUUUUGUAAACAAUAAGAAAUACACAGAAUGUGUUUGCCCUACCGGCACAGUUAGAAACAAUUAUGAUGAUUGCCAAGCUAGUUCUAGCAUAACCAAUUUUGUUGUUAGACUGAAUGAAACGUUUGAUACAUCAGCUGAUUAUGAUAUAAGAAAAAAGGUUAAACAUUGUGGGAGGUGGGGUGCGACAGUAUAUGGUCCGUGGAAACCGAUGGAAGUUGUUUGCGUGAAUUUCACUCUGAUAUCAAGGUUUGUGAUCAUUCAACAAUCAGAUGAAAAUUUCCAUCUUGGUGACGUAGCAAGUAUGGAAGUGGAAGUUUAUAGCGCUGAUUGCUAUAUUAACAAUGGAAACUGUGGUGAAAUGCGUUGCACUGAAGUUCUGUAUGAUAAUGUAUCAGUUAUCAAAUGUGAAGAUUUUAAAAAGGAAAUUUUCAUACCCGCCCCAGAACAAUUAAAAAUACUUCUUGUAAAUGCUGCCGCCGAAAUUUAG